AUGGUUUCCUCAAAUAAUGUCUGUAAGCUGAGGGGAUAUCUGGACAGGGAAUCGCUGGAAUUUGUUGUCCAUGCCUUCAAAACAACAAAGCUGGACUACUGCAACUCUCUCUACUACGGCUUACCAUCAAAGCAGAUCCAGCGGCUCCAAUCCAUCCAAAACGCUGCAGCCAGAAUCAUCUCACACAUCCACAAAUAUGACAGCAGUACACCAGUACUACGCUCCCUCCAUUGGCUGCCAGUUCAGCAAAGAGUCAUCUUCAAGACAUUGGUGUUAGUGUACAAAAGUCAACAAUAUGGCUCCAUCCUCCAUCUGCAGGAACUCAUAACACCCUAUGCUCACUCCAGGACUCUGCGAUCCAGUGAUCAGAGCCUACAAGUGCCAUUUACCACCUCAGCUGUGAUUCAAACUCGAGCUUUUAGUGUGGCUAGCCCUAAACUUUGGAAUGCUCUACCAUAUGAUAUCAGAACUGCUGCUAGUCUCUGUAUCUUUAAUUCUAAACUAAAGACUCAUCUGUAUGCAAUUCAUUACAACUAG